GGGAAAUACGGCCGCCAUCUUGGAGCGGUCGUCCUACCUACUUGGCUAAAUCAAAAACAUCACAAGAUGCCUCAGCACUGUGCGGCUAAUCUUUGCUCAAAUCGACGGACUGUUGACGUUAGGACUCGGGGGAUAACUUUUCACAAGUUUCCCAAAGACAAAAAUGUGAGGAAGAAGUGGGAAGCGACUUUGCAGAGAGAGGGAUUCACUGCAAGUGAUUCAUCAGUGCUGUGCAGUGAGCAUUUUAAACAGGAGGAUUUUGACAGAACCGGUCAGAUUGUCCGACUGAGAGAUGGCGCUAUUCCAUCAAUCUUCAGCUUCCCUGCUGACCUCCAAAGACCAGAAAAGUGCAGGACCACAGAAACCUCCAUAAAAGUUGAAUCUAGCCUGUCUGUGGCCUCUCAGGAUGCCACAGAAACUUGUACCUCACAGCCGCAACCUCAGUCUAAUGAUGAUCAUGGCUACGCCUUGCCAGCUUCUCUUUCCGCUGUUGCGGCUAAACUGAAGGAAGCCUUGGCAAGAGUGGAAAGUCUAGAGCGGGAAAAGAAAAACGCCAUGGCCAGAGAAAAGAGGGCAAAGACCACAGUUCAGUCUCUAUUGGGGGAUUUGAGUGACAAGAAACUAAUAAAUAAGAAGCUCAGAGAGAGGCUUGAAUUAUACUCAGAUCUUCAGCUGGACUUCUUGGAAAAGCAGGGCCAUGAGUACACAAAGGAGCACAGAGAGUUUGCCCUCACACUCCAUCUGCACAGUCCAAAGGCAUACAAGUACCUCCGGGACACUGGAAAAUUGCCCCUCCCACAUCCACAUACAUUACAAAGGUGGCUGGAGUAACAAUCCAUCUGCAUGCCAGUUCCAGGACGUCUGAUGGUUCGAUCUGGUGGCUCACCUAGUGGGACAGGCAAUGUGGCUGCCCAACAUGAUGACGUGUACCUGUCACCUUUAGAUGUCCUCUGCUUGAAUUGCUGAAGAGUAACAAUCUCCAUUUCAGCUGUUGUGUGCGACCAUGGCUAUCUUCCAACUAAGUUUGGUGAUCUGGUGGAAAAUGCUCUGGUCUAUACAGCAGGAUUUGUAGCAGAUUCUACGAAAACUGCUGUGUCGCGUGAGCUGGUCAGAAAUGUUACGUCAUCAUCAUUUGAUGAAAACUACCACCUCCUAACCCUGAACAUGGUUGCCCUUGUGGUUCCGUCACAAGGCACUGUGAAGCUGCUGAGAGCUGAGAUACUGGAGCUUCAACACAGCAACCUCCAAAGGUGUCAACCAUUGCACACAUUGUUCGCAAAGACACUGGAGAAUUAGACAUAAUUUGACACUCAGGGUUUCCCCCAGUGUAUCGUAAGCCUGGCAGGCCAGCAGGCUUUACUCCUGUGCGUUUAGUCUCAACAUGCUGACUCUGUGUCUGUGCUGAUAAAGUCUGAAUUCCUGCUUAGCUGGUGCGUUAGUGAGCUGGUGGUUCUGUCCGUGGAGGAGCUUUCACGCUCGCCUCAUUGUCACUCAGCACACGGGUUUAUUUUUAUUUUAUUUGUUUGCAGUGACACACCAAACUGCACAUAAUGAAAUGUUUUAUCUACAGUCAGCUAGGAUUAAUGCGCGCGUCCGCGCUGAGAGCAGAAAAACUUGUCCCAUAAAGUUCGGGCAAGCAAAACUGUCUUUGUGGCGCUUAUUUAAAAACCUUAAUAGCCACGAAAUGGAACAGCUACUAAAACCACAUAAAUUGUCAGCUUAACAUUCUUUAAUAUAAAGAUGUAUUAAUGCAUCUUUAACACUGCCAGUAGUAUUAAAGAUCACCGGGCAUAGAGGGGAAACCCUGACACUGAUAAUCAUCAUUCUUUCUGACUUGUUGUCAUUGGUUAUGUCUUUGUUUUUUUAAGAUAAAGAUGCACCACAUUGUCAAAGUAACUUCUCUUGAUUUACAGAAAGGCAGUACAAGAAAAAACAUCACUUGAAAAUGCUUUAGUUUAGUCUGUUACCACAAGAAAGUCCUGUUGCUUGGCGUCAACCAAAUGAACAAAAUGCCUUGUUUUUGUGAGCUGUUUUUAAAAUAUUUGUAAAUAUUUUUGGUUUAACAGUACAUUCUUUAUUAAACCAUGUUAAAGAUAUUAA